AUGGCCGAUGACAAGAAAUCAGACGAGAAAAUGGAGCAAGGCUCCAGCAGAACCUUCGACGUUUCUUCGCCUCAGCCUCGUCACUCUCCUUCCAGUUCCCCGGCCCAAUGGUCCAACAAUCCAAUCUUGCCUGUGUUGGCUUACUGCGGUUCUUCCAUUCUGAUGACUGUGAUGAACAAAUAUGUUUUGUCGGGAUUGGAUUUUAACCUCAAUUUUUUCCUACUUCUUGUUCAGUCUGUCGUUUGUACCAUCGCAAUUCAGACCUGCAAGUCAGCCGGUGUCAUAACUUUCCGCAGUUUCAAUGCGGAUGAGGCCAAAAAAUGGUUCCCCAUUACUCUUCUUCUCAUCGGAAUGAUUUUCACCGGCUCCAAAGCUCUGCAGUUCCUUUCUAUCCCGGUGUACACCAUCUUCAAGAACCUGACCAUCAUUCUCAUCGCUUAUGGAGAGGUCCUCUGGUUCGGGGGUUCCGCUGUGACCGGACUCACCCUGUUUUCCUUCGGGUUGAUGGUCCUCAGUUCCCUCAUUGCCGCCUGGGCUGAUAUCCAGCAUGCGCUCCAGUCCAGCGUUAAUGCGACCACUAAAGUCUCAACUCUGAAUGCUGGUUAUAUUUGGAUGAUGAUCAACUGUCUUUGCACUGCGUUCUACAGUUUGUGCAUGCGCAAGCGCAUCAAGCUGACCAACUUUAAGGAUUUUGAUACCAUGUUCUACAACAAUCUACUCUCGAUUCCCGUGCUACUGGUUGCCACUUUUCUUGUUGAAGAUUGGUCAUCUGAGAACGUCGCCCGUAACUUCCCCGAAACUAGCCGGUCGAGCAUCGUGGUCGCCAUGGUUCUUUCCGGUCUGUCCUCUGUCUUCAUUUCUUAUACGUCUGCUUGGUGUAUGCGCGUGACUUCGUCAACCACAUAUUCCAUGGUCGGAGCUCUGAACAAGCUCCCCAUUGCCGUGUCCGGUUUGAUCUUCUUUGACGCACCCGUCACUCUGGGCAGUGUUUCAGCCAUCGCCAUUGGAUUCGUUAGUGGAAUUGUGUAUUCCGUGGCCAAGUUCAAGCAGAACGCUAAGCCGAGGACUGGUAUUCUUCCCACCACGAACCCGCCUCUCAGCGCAAGCAGCCAAAGCAUGCGUGAUUCUUUGAGAUCAUAA